ACAAACCCUUGUAUUCCAACUAUAUAGCGGCCAAUUCCCCUGACGCUGCGCCGACGGAGCAAGCGAUGAAGAGUGAACAGAUGCCGGAUUCGCUUCAAAAUUCUGUUGACGACGAUCAAGUCGUCAGUGUCCUCCUUGGGUUUCUGCAGUACAAUGAAGAGAUCCCGGAUUCGCGUCAAUUUUCUGCCGAGCACAACUUUGACCACAAUCAAGUCGUCAGUGUCAUCCAAAGCCUCCUUGGUUUUCGUUACAUCGAGGCUCAGGACCUUGUAUGGGAGACGUGUGUUUUGACUGAUGAAGGGAAGCGAUAUGCUACUCAAGGAUCACCAGAGGUACAACUUUUCUUAGCUGUGCCAGAAGAAGGUAGCAUUUCACUGGUUGACCUCAAGGAGAAGCUAGGUGAUUCGUUCCAGAAUUUUGCCAUUGGAUACGCUAAAAAAAACAAGUGGGUGGAAGUGCAAGCAAACCAAGUCUCGAGGAAGGUUCAACAUGUAGAAGAUAAACUGAAAGAGCUGCUUUUAAAGAUACAAGAAGGAAAGGAACUUCACGAAGACGGUAUCAAGUUUAUCAAUGAGAGAAAAAAAAACCUCACAGAGUCACGGAACUGGAAAGGGUAUAGUUCCAUAAAGAAAGGUCCUCGUUAUGCUCCCAAGAGAAAGAACUUGUCCACCACUUUGACUCGAGGAAACGUAGAAAUCUGGGAAGAGUUAGAGUUUAAGGAGUAUAACAUCAAUGCUAAAGGAGUGCCUCCUGAGUCUGGUCAUCUUCAACCCCUUCUCAAGGUGCGGAAGCAGUUUAAAGACAUAUUUGUUCAGAUGGGGUUUGAGGAGAUGCCAACAAAUAAUUAUGUGGAGAGCAGCUUCUGGAAUUUUGAUGCAUUAUUCCAGCCUCAGCAGCACCCUGCUCGUGAUUCUCACGACACCUUCUUUCUAAAAGCUCCUUCUACUACAAGGACACUUCCAGAAGAUUAUGUUGAGAGGGUGAAGCGUGUUCAUGAGUCUGGUGGAUAUGGAUCAAGAGGGUAUAAUUAUGAUUGGAAGAGAGAAGAAGCAAACAAGAAUGUUCUCCGUACCCACACUACAGCUGUCUCUUCUAGGAUGCUUUAUGAAAUAGCAAAGAAACCUUUUGCCCCCAAGAAGUACUUUUCGAUUGACCGUGUGUUCAGAAAUGAGGCUGUUGAUCGAACCCAUCUGGCAGAGUUCCAUCAAAUUGAAGGUUUAAUAUGUGACCGGGGUCUUACGUUGGGAGACCUGAUUGGUGUAUUAAAAGUCUUCUACUCACGCUUAGGGAUUUCAAAGUUGCGCUUCAAGCCAGCUUACAACCCUUACACAGAACCAAGCAUGGAGAUCAUGAGCUACCAUGAAGGUUUAGGGGUGUGGGUUGAGAUAGGAAACUCCGGAAUGUUCAGACCCGAAAUGCUUCGACCAAUGGGUCUCCCUGAGGAUGUCCAAGUCAUAGCUUGGGGUCUUUCUCUUGAAAGACCGACAAUGAUAUUAUACGGUAUCGACAACAUCCGAGAUUUGUUUGGUCACAAGGUGGAUCUCGAUCUCAUUAAACGGAAUCCGAUCUGCCGAAUUGGCUUUUGAGUUACAUUUCAUAGUCUUCUCGAGUAACCGCGAGAUACAGGAUCCGAUCCAUGACUUGAAUGAGUCCCGAUUUGUCUACAGCCAUUCUCAUCGUGUCCUUGAACAUGUCGAUUUUUGCAUUCCUCAGAAUAACUGUUGCUCCAGCCUUCAUUAGAUCAACUGCAUUUACAAACCCAAAACCACAUCAUUAGUACCUUAUAUAUAUUUGACAGUAUUGAUGCUAAGACACAUACUCUGGUUUCAUCACUGAACAAAAACAAUCUGAAAAAAGAA